AUGGAAUCCAUGAUGGACAUCGAUUCGCAUCUCACCCAGCUGCUUGGGAACAUGACGCUCGACAGCCGGUGGCACAAAACCGUCUUUGAAAGCGAAAGGCCGGACCUGAGAUCACCAACACCGGAGCACGACGCCCUCAUGUCAGACUCGUCCGAUACCGAAGACCCGACCUAUCAGCGCCCAAGCACAUUGGCGUCCUCAAGCUCCAUCGAGACCGCAAGCGCGCCGCCGCCCUGCGCCUGCGCCCUAGUCCAAGCGCUCCGCGGCCUGGUCCACGCAGGCCAGUACCCCACCACCGGCGGGGAGUACCUCGAGGCCAUCUUCACGCACCGUGAGGCGUUCGCGGCGUUUCCGCAGGGCCACCGGGCGUGUGCCGUAGAGUUCAGCAACUUGGCCACAGACCUUGAGCGGCGCGAGAUGAGGGCAGAUAGAGACGGCGAUGGGGAGGCGGCGGCGGCGUUUAGGCAUGAAGCGUGGGUGCUGUGGUCCAGCAUUCAGUCGAAUUCGUAG